AUGCACUGGAUAAGGAUUUCACAAAUUUUAUGUGUUUUUGGUUUUCUUAAAGAAUUUAGACCAAAUGAACCAUUUAUUUUUGAGUACUUGACUCAUCCGCCGAAAAAUUUUACUAGCACCCAAGUCACUGAAGAAAUUUAUCCAAUAGGAACUUACAGUAAUUUUGCGACACUAAUUAUCGUCUUCUUACUAACAGAUUUCUUGAGGUACAAGCCAGUGAUAAUAUUAUGUGGCUUAUCGGGCAUAAUAACAUUCAUCGGGCUAAUAUUAGGCGACUCCAUACCGGCUUUGAUAUUCGUUGAAAUUUUCUAUGGGUUUUACAUAUCAGCGGAAGUUGCAUAUUACACGUAUAUUUAUGCAAAAGUUGAUAAAGAACAUUAUCAAGCAGUGUCCAGUUACACUAGAUCCGCGCUCUUGCUCGGUAGAUUUAUCACCGGUGUUAUAGCCCAGAUAAUAAUAAUAUACGGCUGGUUGGAUUAUCACCAACUCAACUACCUCACUGUCAUUGGUCAAGUGCUUGCGACAAUUUGGUCGCUAUUUUUGCCGUCUGUUGGACAAUCGGUUUAUUUCCACCGCAAAGAACCGAUCGUUGAUUCUGAUGUUGGAUCAUCCCAAAGAAUAAAUGAUGAUAAUGCGUAUAAAAAAUUGUCUUUUUACAGUAAAGUAAAAAGAGCGUAUUAUUUACUGUGGAAAGAUUUUGUCAAGGCAUUUACUAAUUUGUAUAUAGUUAAAUGGUCACUCUGGUGGACCCUUGCUAGCUGUGGUUACCUGCAAGUGCUGGUCUACGCACAGUCUAUUUGGCAAACUUCUAUUAAAGAAAAUGAAACCAUUUACAAUGGGGCUGUUGAAGCGCUUUAUACGAUUAUUGGUGGAUUAACGGUUUACGGUGUUGGAAAAUUAAAACUCAACUGGGCGUUGUUUGGAGAUAUUAUAUUAUCAAUAUUUUCAUUUAUUAUGGCUGUUUUGUUAUUUGUAACAUCAUGGAGUUAUAAUAUUAUGUUGCAAUACGCAGUAUAUAUCGCUUUUGGUGUAAUUUAUCAUUCUCUCGUCACAGUUGCAAGCUUUGAAGUAGCAAGUAAAAUAUCAGAAGAUAGUUUUGGCUUGAUUUUUGGAAUAAAUGUUUUUCUGGGAUUAACAUUUCAAAGUUUAUUAACCUACAUUGUUACCAGCGGGAAUGUUAAAAAAUUUCAUAUCAGAACUCAGUUUACAAUUUAUGCCGGAUAUUUUGCAGUGCUGGCUUUAAUAUUUGCGCUAAUAUCGGUAUUUACAAUAAUAAAAGCGUACAAAAAAAAAGAAAAAAGUCAGCAUUGUUGA